AUGAGUCUUCCUCAAUUAAUCGAUGACCUGCAGCGUCUGUCCGAAGAUCAGGAUAGUGCUGAUGUUGUCUUUAUUUGCGGCCGAGAUGAACGCAUUUAUGCCCACAGAUUAAUGCUGAUGGCUCGAUGCAAGAGCUUCAAGACCGCCAAGCGGGGCGAGGUGUGCCGGAUACCCGGAUGCACUGUCUCUCCAGGGGCACCGGGUGCCUCGACGCCAACUACCAUAAGAUUGCCGCACGUAAAUCCAGAACUAUUCAGACAAUUCAUACUUUAUGUGUACACAGCCAAGUUGGUUCUGCAGGACUCGCAAGUAUUCCAAAUGAUGAUGAUGGCCCAGGAUAUGGGCGUGGUUGAGCUGCGUACAGCUUGUGAGGAUCAUGUUAUAUCCACUUUAUCGGUGGAUAAUGCCUGCACAUUUUUAACCGCCGUAAUGGAUAUACACGAGAAAGCAGGUGCCAAGUGUGCUGCCUCAUUUAUGGAACGCUGCAUCAUCUUCAUUGGUGAAAAUGCCAUUGAAUGUGUGAAAACUAAUGCGUUUUUGACUUUAACCAAGGAUGCCAUCAUCAAGAUUAUUUCCUCAGACUAUUUCUGCCUGGAGGAAGAGGAAGUCUGGCGCUGUGUCUUGGCCUGGGCCAAAUAUCAAGCAGGAGUCACGCAACCCACUGCCCAUUGGACCGAAGAGGAGCGUGCUCGUGUCUGUCAGCAUCUAAGCGGUGUUAUGGGUCACGUUCGUCUCCUGCUCAUCGACAGUCAAGUUUUCGCCGAGGAAGUGGAACCCACUGGGGCGGUGCCCAUGGAGCUAUCCCUGGAACGCUAUCGCUAUGCCGCCCUGCAUGCUAACAAAAUGAUGGAAAACGACAAGAGACUCCAGCCACGUCUUACCGUGGCGGUUAAUAUGUUUCCAGGUUCUCAAAUCCUCAGGAAUGACAAGUUACCUUUGCAAGCGGUGCUCAACAAUUGGUACGGAGUGCCAAAGCAAGCCUGGAGAUUGGUUUUCCGGGCCUCCACACAUGGCUACGAUUCGGGGUCCUUUCAUCGCUACUGCGAUGGCGUGGCUCCCUGCAUGGUCAUUGGCUUGGGUGCCCACGGAGAGAUCAGUGGGGGCUAUACAGACGUGGCCUGGGCCAAAACAAGUCGCAAAGGUGGCUACGUACACUCGGAUCGGGCCUUUCUCUUUACCCUUAAUCCUGCCAAUGGCGAGCAGCCUUCAAAGUUUGAUAUUGUGAAGAAACCCUAUGCUAUCUGCUAUCAUCCAGAUUGCGGUCCCAUUUUUGGUGCUGGUGCGGAUUUGCUCAUCUCCAGCAAUUGCCACACGAAUAUGGACUCCUAUUCGAACCUUCCCCAUUCCUACGAUGGCACCAAUGCCGCUCACUUGACGCUGUUUGGCGACUACAACUUCACCAUUAGCGACUAUGAGGUUUACACUCUAGCUUCCCCGGGAGGAGCGAGUGGAGGAGGAGCAGGAAGUGGUGGACCAGCAGGUGGUGGACCUAGUCACAGCCACAAUCACAACCAGAACCCGGCUCCUGGGGUGCUGCCCACAAAGGGGAAAUACGAUAGGUAUUAGAGAGAGG